AGAGUAAAUUUUUGUUGUAAAAUAAAGAGGAAGGAUGAUAAUGUCUUAAAAAAAUAAAAAAAUGUUAUAAUUGAUAAAGUUCUAUUUGGAUGUAAAAGUUUUAAGUUCAGAGUUUAGGGUCCAAUUUUGUUUAACUUAGGAAACUAAAGGACCAAAUUUGAAUAUAUUGCAUUAUCCAGGGAUCAAACGGUGAAGUUUCUGUUUGGAUGUAAAAGUUGAAGUUCAGAGUUUAGCGUCCCAUUUUAGUUAGCGAUAGGAAACUAAAGGACCAAAUUUGAAUAUAUGGCAUUAUCCAAGGACCAAACGGUUAAGGCUCUGUUUGGAUUUCAUCGUAGUUGCAAUACUUCCAAAAAAAAAAUAGUACACCAACCAAUCUUCAAUGGAGGCGGGAAUUCUCCUCCGUUUAGUUGUUCCGUUUAACCCACCACGUCGCCGUUUCACUUCCCGCCGCCGCUCAAUUAGGGCUUCUCUCAACCCACAGGGAGGGUAUCAAGGGCCGAAGCCGAAGACCAAUUGGGUGGCGGAUUGGGUGUCCAAAAACGACGACGUUGCGCGGAGCUUGCCGAUUUACGUCGGCGGCGUAUCUCUGUUGGCCGUGCUCUUCAACCGCACAGUUUCCGGCAUUGCCUAUGUUGCUGACGCCAGCAGUUCACAGUCUCGAGCGGAUCUUUUGACACUUGGUCUAGCUGUGACUAACAUUUUAAACGGUCUUGUGUGGCUCUCGAUUCGCCCGAAAUCUAUUUAUGCGGUGAAUCCCAAUGGGGUGGAAUGUCGAAGAAUACAUCCUUACCUUCCCGAUUCUGUCGUUUCCGAGUUACUGUGGGCAUGGGAAUCUCUAUCAGAUGUUACAUGCUGCAGGUCUCUUGUUGUUGUUUACGAUAGCAUCUGCAUUUUGCAAAUAGGGUUUGCUGAUGUUUCUCAAUCAAACGGAAUCGAACCUAUUGUCGUAGAUGCUGACAAAUUAACUAAAGGACCCCUUUAUAACGGUCUCGCCAAAUCUGAAUCACAAAGUUACUUGGCCAACUUGUCACUGUAUCCUGGGAAAUCGGAGCUUCCGUUUCUACCUUCGAACACGCAGGCAGUUAUAUUGCAACCACUUGGUGAUAAAGGAAUUGCAAUAGUUGGUGGCGACACAAUUCGGGGAUUCACUACUUCCGACCAGGCAUGGAUCACAUUAAUCGGAGAGAAGUUAGACGCUACACUGGCAAAAGCCGUAAAUGUAAUGCCAUUGACACCGCAAGAAAAAAGCUGAACAAUCGAAUCCAAAGCCAACUUAUAAUGCCUGGUGAUCACAUUCUAAGGGAUGAACUUUCAUGCUGAUGAUGUCAUAACAAGAAAAUCAAGCUUCAUAUUCCAGCAUGGCAAAUAGAGAUAGUUAAGACUGCACUGUUUAUAUCUCCAGUUGAGAAGAUGGCUCCAUUUUUAGCAGCAUCGGGUAUUUAUUUAUCCGAGCAAGAUUUUGUGGACCGAGUUUCAGUUCCGGGCCGAGUUCUGUAGUCGAAGAUGCUAAUUAUAGACUGACCCCUUCAAAACCAUUGGACAUCAUUUUUGCUCCAAAGGAUUUUCUACUGUAAAUCCUGGUGGAUUUUGUAUUUUUUUUUUUUUUUUAAUUUAUCAAAUGUAGUGUAACAUGCU